UCCACUGGUACCAUACAGUGCUGCAACUCUGUUGAGAGCAUAAGUUGUCUUCCUAGCUCCAAUGCCGUUCAGACACUCUUGGGCCUCCUUGGAAUCCUCGUUGGUGAUAUCACUGCUAAUGUCAGUGUUACCUGCAGCCCCAUCAGCAUCAUCGGGGUCGGAGGCAAUUCCUGUUCUGCGCAAACAGCCUGCUGCGAGAACAACUCCUUCAAUGGUGUUAUUUCGCUUGGCUGUACCCCUAUCAACAUUGGCCUCUAA